AUGGCAACAGCAUUUCAUGUACACAGGUUCAUUGACAUCACGGGUGAUGACGAUGAGUGGACCGACCAUUGCACUCAGCACUAUGAAAUGCUAUUCGAGCAGUUUGGGACGCGGGCCGGCCUCAUUGAUGUCAAGCCCGUCAAUACAAAGAUCCUAGACCAGGUGUACCGAUGUGUCGAGUAUGAAGUUGGCUCUGGCUUUGGGGGUGCUCUUCCCGAGUUCCAUGGACACAUUGAGCAUGGUGUUGCUCAGACUCCCAUGCUCUGCCCGUUUUGUGUAUAUAAUGAGACCUUGACAAUGCCGCGACGGAUGGUCCAGUUUGAUGAAGUGAGCGUUUUUGUGGCCCACCUCAAGACACACGGAGCAGGUGCAGGCCAAUGCCCCGUACCUAGCUGUGGAACACGCAAAUAUGGGCAAGAUGACUUGAUAUGUCAUCUUGUCACGGUACAUUGCCUACCGAUGUGUGGUACCACCAAGCACACGCGUGUUCGCCGCCUGCUCUUGCCUGCUCGCAAAGAUGCCCCUGCCAUCCCUGACUCACGCACUCUGAACGUUGAUCUGGCACCCGAGGCAUCUACUUCCACACUUGCUCCAGAGGAUUCGUCAACCGCGAAGAGAAAGAGAGCGGACGAGGCAAGUGAUAAACAUGAGCGCUGGCGAUGCUUGGGAUGCCACCGAAUUUUUGAAGACAUCGAGAGCCACGUCUAUAACAGCAAGGAUGAUCGCUGUUGCAAAGCACAAGCAUAUUCUGCAAUAGAUGAGAACGGGCACAACGUUGGCGAGCGAAUGCCAUAUAAACUGGCUGAGGGCCAAGCACCACCCGCUGACAGCUCCAAAUUGAUUGCAAGGCUGCACCGGUGCGCAAAAGCGACAUGUCGCAAGCAAUUCCAUGACAUUCGCGAACACCUUCCUCACCAAUGUUCGUCAAAGAAAUUCAAGAUCCGAGACACAAACAUGAAGCGUGAUCAAUGGGGACCACUGUUUGACUUUGCAACUUGGGUCAAGACUGCGCCGCCGCCAGAGUAA